AUGAGCGGGUCCUUGGGACAGUACACGGGUGUGAUUGCGGCGGUCGUGUGCGGCCUCGUUGCCGUUGCUGGUACUACAGCUGUCGCCCGCAAGUGGAAGAGUGGGGGCACCAAGAGACGCAUGCUGGGGAACAUCGCUAGUGGUCGCGAAUUUUUAGAUGCGCUAUCGGCAGAGGUGGCGGAUUUGGAGGCUACAAUUGCUCUGGCAGCCGAGGCUUCCGACCUCGACACUGCACGAAAAGAAAACGAGAGAAAAAGCAGAGAGCAUGACGAGCACGUGACUCAGGUUUUGACGCACCUGGACAAGUGCACGGGGGGUGACGAAAUAGGCGUCGCCCGAAAAAAGCAGAUCCAUCGAGCAGAGGUGUUGGGGCUUCGCAUCAGCAAAAUAUUGCCUGGGGGACCCGUGGAUGGAUGAUCAGAGGAAAAUGAGGCGCAAUGCGUCAGACCCAUCUGCGUCUCCCCGGGAUAUUCGAACCUUUUGCACACUUGUAUGGACGGGAGCGCUUCUGCGUCUGCUGGUGUUUUGCAUCACUUCCUUGGCAAAGGUCCAUCAAGUGCUUGCAUUCUCAAGAAUAUCCUUGUAUAGGGUGCACAGCAGUAUUGUUGUUGCUGUUGUAGUUGGUCAUGUUCGUCAUGGGCGCUGCAUGUUAAAGAAUAUACUGUAGUCGGUUUAUGGUGGAUGGGUCUGCCAUUUUCAGGGCCGGUAGCGAGCGCACCUUCACUGUGCAUUGAACAGCAAAUGACAUGCUCAGCAGCGGUCAAGCAAGCACCACAUUCAAUUCACGGAUGGAGGUCAGAGGCCUAAAUCGAGCCCGAUCCCCCUUUCCCCCUUUAGAGAUGUGUGUACAUUCUGUGUGUUUCCCUACGAUUUACGUUCGUGCGCCUUUGGUUUUGAGCCGGUGUUGUUCGUUUCAUCCGUGUUCGUGCAGUUUUCAUAACGUUUGGCGCUCUAUCA